AUGCACCAUAACGUUGGAUGCCAACUGCCGAUAAACCCCACCGAAGAAGAUUCCAUAGGAAGGCUCCGCAGAACUCUGACAAAUCAGGGGAUAUACGUAGACUAGUACGGUUGUCAGUACACUUUAAAGCCUGGUUUCCAUACAAAGGUGACGUCAUCACUUCUGCUGUUGUCAGAAUAGUAGUUUAAACAGAAUAGUUACAGACAACACAGCAGCAGACAGUUGUAGUUCCAUCAUGGCUGACAAUAUGUUUUCCCUCAUGAGUCUCGAAGACGAACUGAGCUGUAGCAUCUGCCUAUGUGCUUUCAACUGUCCGGUGACAAUUCCAUGUGGACACAACUUUUGCCAAGAGUGUCUCCUAGAAACAUGGAAAGACAACUACAGCUGUCCACAAUGCCGGACCCACUUCACCACCAAACCAGUGCUGAAGAAGAACACCGUCCUCAGCACAGUUGUGGAAACCUUCAAAAUGAAGUCGAAUAAAAGCGACCUCCCCAAUGAGAUGGGCGACUUAAUCAAGUGGGAUGCGGUCAAGAUGGAGCCCAAAGAGAUGGUUAUCUUGUGUGACACCUGUAUGGAAGCCAAAGCAUUCAAGACCUGCCUCACCUGUAUGGCGUCGUUCUGCCUUGAGCACGUGAGGCCUCAUCAUGAGAACCCAGUGUUUGGCGCGCAUCAGCUGAAUGAGCCUCUGGGCGACCUGCGAGACCGUAUCUGCCCCGACCACCACAAGCUCAUGGAGUUCUACUGUGUCCAACAUGGCCGCUGUAUCUGUGGUGUCUGUCUGCAGCAGGUGCAUAAAGGCUGUACCUUCUCCAACCCUGAUGAACAACGGGCACUGCAAGAGUCUGAUUUGAGGGGCAAGUUGAGUCUGCUGGAUGGAAAGAUUGACAAGAACCAGAUGGUAAUCUCUCAGAUGAGUGACCAGCAGAGCAAGUUGAAGGACUCUGCAGCCAGCAGGAAGAGAGCACUAGAGGAUGACUACCGCCAAAUCCGGGAGCUGCUGGACCGUGACGAGCGUGAGGCUCUGAACACCGUGGACCGCGAGCAGGAGAGCGGUCAGACCAAACUCCAGAACCUCAUAAAGAAGUUCAACCAGAACAUUGCGAAGCUUAGCGCAGCAAGAGAUGGCGUCAACAGCCUGCUCAGUCAGACUCAGACCAUGGCUUUCCUACAGGCCUCAGUUGACAUGCCGGCAGUGGCGGCCCUUGACCCCUAUACCCCGAAGGUGAACCUGGACUCUAAGGCCGUGGCAGCCUGGCAUGCCUACUCUGCAGUCCUGAGGGAGCAUCUCACACAUGUACUGAAACAGCCUGUAGAGGCCAGACUGCAGAUACUCAAACCAGCUGAGAGGUUUGCUCCUCCUCUGCUGCCAAACUUCUAUGAAAUGGGAGGCAUGCCACCACAAGGUCAUCCGAGAAUGCCUAGAUCCCACAGCCCAGGAGCUCCCCUCAGGGCAAACCAGAAGAAGCCUCCACAAGAUUCAAACCGAGAGAGAAAGUCAGACAAGAAACGAGAUCACAAGGAAUGGAAAGAACAUAAGGCUGACAAAAAUUCCCAAAAGCCACCUAAUGCUCCCAGAGAGUCCGCCACUCCUGUUCCACACACACCAAGGGACCACCCCAGAGGACAAUCAGCAGAACCCAGACCCAGGAACAGGGAGGACCCAGGUUGCUUAGAAUUAUCUCUGCUCAUGCAACUGAAUACCAUAAGACAAGCAAGUGUUCCCCCAAGUAUCACGUCUGCAGCAAAACGAAAUGACCUUCUACAAUAUGGCACCGUUCUCACCCUUGACCCCAAAACGGCCCACAAGCGCAUCUCCCUCACAGAGAACAUGACCAUGGCCUCUGUGUCAGACGAGCCCACCCCUUACCCCGAUGGCCCCGCCCGCUUCUCUGUCUGCAGCCAGGUGCUCACUUCCAAGGGCUUCUCCCGCGGCCGCCACUACUGGGAGGUCAAGAUGAGCAGCAACAACUUCACCGGCAUCGGCCUGGCCUACAACAGCAUCGACCGGAAGGGUCCGGCUAGCCGGCUGGGGCGUAACGCCCAGUCCUGGUGCGUGGAGUGGUUCAACGUCAAGCUGUCGGCCUGGCACGCCAGCAGUGAGACUGUACUGCAGAACCCGAAUCCGACACGCGUCGGCGUGCUGUUGGAUUGCGAAGAGGGAACGGCCACUUUCUAUAACGUUCAGGACCGAGCAUACCCUUUCCAUUCGUUUGUGUUCCAGUUCGCCGAGGCAGUGUACCCGGCGUUCUGGCUCUUCUCCAGCGGCUCGUCUGUUAGCCUGUGUAAGCUGCAGUCUUAAGAAGUUAACACAACACACACACACACACACACACACACACACACACACACACACACACACACACACACACACACACACACACACACAUUGUUCUCCCUCACAAAUAAUUAGAAUGUACAGCAUCUGGGUCAAUAAAUGACUUAAUCAUACUGAUAUUGCGAACUUAUAUUGGAAAUGUACCUUAAAGGUUAUUAUUUGGUUGUAGUCACUGACUUUAGUAAUAAUGCAGUGUAGGUAAUAUCAUUUUGGACUUUGUAACUACAGCAACCUCUAAACAGGCAGCAUUUGUUAAUCAGUAACUAAUGAAAACUAAGCACUUGCAUACAGCUAAAGAAACAUUUACAAAUGAUUAUACAAUAUUAUUGUAUUGUCAAAAGCAUGAUGACAUCCUUACUACUUUUGUUUUACUGCUGUUGUGAUGUCAGCAGCAUGCCGUAAAUGAUUUUAAGUUUACAGUUGAUUUAUUCCUUAAUGGUUACUCUGCCAUAGCGAGUUCCAUUGGCUGGAUAGAAGGAAUUAUCUGACAUUGUGAUCAUUCAUGUCUGAUUCACAAAUGGUUACGUGUUAUAGGCAAACAUGACUUACAAACAGAACUACUAAGCGGUAUUUGAACCAGGCGAAUGAGUUCUUUCUCCUGUUCUGCAGUCCUGGCUAAAUGUCUUGAUCAUCCAGUUUAUUUACAGAUACAUUUAAAUGGUCUGUGGGUAGCUGUUUCCAGCCUGUUUUAUCAGAGCUUAUGAUCUCUUGGUGUGGGUCUUGGUAGUACACAGUAAUCACAUGUAAUAUACACAAAACAACAUGAAUUAACAUGUAUGUUAUCUACUGUAUAUGAACAGUACCACACCGUUCAGAAGGCCAUGUACUGGCACACCUAUGCGAUGCUUUUGCUGGUGUCAGGCAUUCCGCAUUAGGGAAUGUCAUAUCCAAUAACACCACUGGAUAUAGAGAAGCAAUGAAUAGAACAGAAAAGCAUCCACAAUAUGCUUGAUACCCCCAAAGGAAAAGUGGGUAUCAUUCACAUUUUUCUUGAUCUAAUACAUUUUCGCUACAGUGUUUCACACAGAGCCUUUAAGUGAAGGGUGGUGCAGCGUGAGAAUGUGCUGAAAGCGCUUCCUGACACUGCUACUACAGGCUUGAUAAAACCUACCCUGGUUGCCAGAUCUGCAUUUGGUUUAGAAUUACAGUGAACAAGGCAGAGGAUUUGGUUGAUCUGGCAACCAGGCUAGAUAGACCCAGCCUGGCCCAUAAGAACAAGCAGAGGUCAUUUAGACCCUGUGAACAGGAAUUUUUCCAACUCUGGGUUUUGUAAAUAGUGAUGAUUUAGGGCUGGCGUUUUGCCUGUCCAUGUGACCAGACAAAGGAAAAACUCUGGGCCCAAGUUAUAGCUAAUGUAGCUAUAGCCCAUACCUAGGGCCUUCUCAUGUCCUAGAAGGGUACAUAUGUCUGUUGGUGUUAGUUUGGACAUCGGUAUCUGUGGUUGUCACAUUGUCUGUGACGUGACUGCAUGCUUCUCAUAAAGUCUCUAUUGUUGAUUGGAUCUUUUCCAUUUAUGGAUAUACAGCCAUCGCUACGAUCGGAGAGCAAGUUGAGAAUAGCACGUGAUAGAUUUGUUUUGCUUUGCAAAGCCCCAUGCCAAAUGAAUAGUUGGUGUAAUUGCCUUCUCCCUCUAUAGAAACACUAGUUUUCCUGAUUUAACAGAUUUCUACUGUUAGUGGAAUGAAGGCAAGCUGAUAUUUAAGGCAAAGAUGAAUUCAUUUGCUAGAUUUAAGCCAUUAUUGCCACUUGCUUUUUUAAGAGAUCUCGAAAGGUUUGGACAAAGUUUGAACGACUCGCGUACACAACGCCAGAUAAAGCGCAAAGAUCAGAGGGCCAUAGUCAUGGUCCUUGUGUGUUUUAGCAUGUUAUCCUCUCUGUCCAUUCCUUCCGUCUAAUUAGCAUGGUUCUUAAUUAAUGUGCUAAUGGUGUAAUUCAUGCUGGUUUGGUUUACUGACCUUCAGUUUGAUUGGGUCUUGUGUUUAAGUGAAACCAAGAUAUUUGAACUUGUUGAUUGUGUUUUAAAGGGUAAGGUAUUGAUUCUGUUUGUGUAUAAGGGGUUUCAUCUUGUUAAAGACAACUUGACAAUGUCCCCUCAUCACAAGCUAUCUGUGCUAAUAUAUAUUCCUCCAAAAAUGUAUCACAUACAAAUACAUAUAGUUACUAAAGAGUGAGGUGUUUGUGGCUUAUUUGUUCCUCAUAUCUACACACACACAUAUAUAUAUAUAUAUAUAUAUACAUACAUACAUACAUACAUACAUACAUACAUACAUACAUACAUACAUACAUACAUACAUACAUACACACACUGCAUUUGGUAAUCAUAUUACUUCAAACUGCUCAGGAAUAGACUUAUUGCAAGUGCACGGGAAGGAAAAGUACUGAUAUUGCUUUCAUAUUAUAUACUUGCAAAACGAACAAUGAAAUAAUAUGUACUUAUUAGAAAACAAUGAAAUUCAUAAUACAUAUGAAAAUAUUUAUUAUGGGUGUUUUCAAAUUCUAAUUUACAUUGCUUAUAACAUUCAGCGAAAUUUUCCAUUUCAACAUCUGUAGUAGCAAAUUCAGUAAAGCCAAUUAUUUUCA